AGAUCUAAAAAAAAAAAAAAAACCUUGACGGCUCACACUUAGCUCUACCUGACAGUGAAAGCUCAGGGUAAAACACCCAGUCGUCGUUGUGCUAACAACACUCCGAAUUGGCAGAUUUGUUCAGACAUUAUUCAACACACCCGAGAUAAGUUAAAAACGGGACAUGUCUCUCUGGAGAUACCUACGUGGUUGAUUUAAACCGGUCUUUAUAGUAGAUUAAAAAGCUCCUCAAUUUGUCCAGACGAGAGUUUGCUACAUUAGCUUACCAAGCUAAUGAGCUAGGUUUUAGCUGUCUGGUAUUAGCCAGCUGUCUAGAUAAACUGUUUGAAGGACUGAGUGGCAGCUAAACUGCUUUUAUUCUGGACAUCAAAACGAAAGAAGAAGAAAAGAGAUGGUGCAGCCACAGCCUGAUGGCCCCAUGCAGUGGGACAUGUCUGGAGAGGACAGCGGAGGGGUCCUAAGGAUCCCACCAGAGCUUGCUGGCAAUGAAGUUGUUAUCAGAUUGCUGUGCGACAACCAGCAGCUUCGAGAGGCUCUGCGGAGGAGCAACCAAACCCUGCGUCAGCGCUGUGAGGAGAUGGAGGGAUGGCAGCAAAGAAUAAGGGAGGAACGGGAGUUUCUCAGCUGUCGCUUCCAAGAUGCCAGGUUACUGGUGGAGAAGCUGGCACUGGAGAACCACUCUUUACAGUGCGUGGUGAAUGGACCAGGCUCAUCUUCUAACCAUAGCUACACCACGAGCAAGACGGACAUCUUGCCUGGACAUCCUGCCAGGAAUGGACCACUGGAAGAACCUAAGACUCUAGACCAGUGGGAGAGGAAAAGAGUUGGAGAGACAGAGCAGCAGACACAAACCACGCCUCUUCGCAGCCUGCCUGCGGAGGGUGACAACGAGUUUCUGCAACUGCUGAAGAAACACAAAGAAAAAACAGAAGAAGAGAUGAGAGAGCUAAGAAAAAAAACUGAAGAGCUGAAGAGGGAAAGGGACGAGGGAAAAGAAGUGAUCGAGCGCCAGCAUCGUUGUAUUGACCACCUGCGUGCUAAACUGUUCCAGACGCAGAUAAGCGGCAAUGAGGAAGCUGUUCAACUUCGCUCCGAGGCACAGCACACCUCUGACUGCUCUAGUCUGGCUAAACUCACAGAGCAGCUCGAGGCCACACAGGGCAGGUAUCGGGAGCUGGAGGAGAAGCUGGAUUACCUGCAGAAGAGCUCAGCUCAGCGUGACAGAACAGAAGCUCUGCUCAAACAAAAGGACAAAGAAUGUGCCCAGCUGGCCAAGGACUGUGAGGCUCUGAAAGCUCAGGCGACAUCACUGUUGGGGGAACUGAAUGAGAGACAGAUCCUCUUGCAGAAAAGCGAUGACGAGCGCAAAAUGCUGGAGGAGAAGCUGGUCAGUAAGGUGAAGGCUCUGCAGGUGGCAGAGCGAGAGCUGGAUCAGCAGAGGAAACAGCAUCACGUGGCCAUGGACAAACUGCUGCUGCAGGUCCAGAGCCUUGAGAAUGCCCUGAAGUCGGAGAGGCACGUGGUCACAGAGGAGAAGAAAAAACUGUCACAACUGCAGCAUGCCUACACAUGUUUGUUUAGAGACUACGAUUGUAAACUGAAGAGUGAGGUAAAAACGCACUCAGACAAACUUGUUCCCUCAAUUGUUUGUUGUUCUAAAAUUGGGCUCUGCGUAUUGCUCCAGGGAGGAGAUCUUAGCAGUAGACUGGAGGAGGCAGAGCGGGCGCUGGCCAUAAAGCAGGACCUGAUUGAUAAACUAAAGGAGGAGGUGGAGCAGCAGAAAGGCUCGCUGGAAACUGUCCCUGUCCUCACUGCACAGGCUGAGAUCUACAAGGCAGAUUUCCUUGCAGAGCGAGAAGCAAGAGAGAAGCUAAACCAGAAGAAGGAGGAGCUGCAGGAACAGCUAACUCAAACACUGGCUGAGAUUGACAGGUUGAAGCAGGAGGCCACAUCACGUGCACGUUUGGAGCAAAUGAAGAUGAAAUAUAUGGAUGACUUUUCUGCAAGGCCCACUCUCAUUCCGCCUCAGCAAGUUGGAGUGUUUCCUGGUGCUGCUUUCAACACCGUGCCACCAAACCGGAACCACAUUUUGGCACCUGUCAAUGACCCAGGUCCAGCAGGAGCUGCAGACGUGCCUGAUUUAUGUUGUCCUAAGUGCAACUACUUGGCUCCAGAUAUGGACACAUUGCAGAUACAUGUCAUGGACUGUAUACAGUAAUGCAUUUUGCAAGCAUAGUUUAGCACAUCAUAAUGCCUACACACAGACAAAAAUACUCACGUAGCACAUUUACUGGUCAUCCCAAAGGUAUUCGCACCCCUUAACGUUUUCUAAAUUUUGCUCCAUGACAGACUUUUUCUAAAACCCACCUGAGUUCUGCCUUUAAGCUAGGCAAAAUGGCCUAUAAUGAGAAAUAGGAAAAAUGUUUCAGACAUGUUUGUAAAUGUACAAAAAUUUAAAACAUUUGAAAAUAAUUCUUACAUAAGUAUUCACAACCUAUUCUAUGACACUUGACUUGAUCUCAACUGAUUAUGCUUGAGUUGCUUCUUCAACAGAAUUGGCAUCUACUUGUGGUAAACUCAGUUGGUUGAACAUGAUUUCGAAUGGAAUACACUUGACAAUGCAUAGUUGACAAUGCAUAUCACAGCAAACAAUGAAGUCAAAGGAAUUGUCUGUAGAUCUUUGAGACUGGAACCCAUUGGUCAUGAAGACAGAGCUCAAUGGUUAACUUGUGAAGAUAGGGGAACAAUUCGCUGUCCUUUAGGUCUGCCAUUGGAAAUGCAUUCCACCAAUCGGGCCUUGGAGAGACAUGGUAGCCUUGAAUUUGGCACGAACACAACUGACAGAUCAUCAGACCAGGAGAAAGACGGUUUUCUGGUCUGAUGACACCAAAAUAGCAGUUUUGGGCCCAAACCCCAAGCAUCAUAUCAGGUGAAAAACACAUAGCUAACACCCCUUUUACAGUAAAGUAUGGUGGCAUAAUGCUACUGGGAUGUUUUUCUGCAGCAGGAACAGAUUGACGGGUCAGCAUAGAGGGUAAGAUGACAACAGCCCUAUAAAGAAAACCUGCUCCAGAGUUCUCUGAACCUCAGGCUAAGGAUAUAAUUUAUAUUUCAACACAGAAAUGACCUGAAGCAAGCAGCCAAAAUAGCAAAGGAGGGGUGGCUUUAAGAGCAGUCUGGGUAUGUCCUUAAGUGGCUCAGCCAAAGCCUUAAAUCCAAUUGAACAUCUUUGGAAAUACCUAAUAAUGGCUAUCUGCUAACCCUUCCCAUUCAACCUGACUUAGCCUUAGAGCAGUGGUUUUCAAUCCUGGUUCUCAGUACCCAGUGCCCUUCAUCUUUUACAUGUGUCUUUGCUCCAGCACACCUAAAUUUCAAAUUAUUUUACCACCUAUUUAGCAUGCCAUCAAGUCUGUUAAUCACCAAUUUCUUUAAGUCAGGUGUGCAGAGGCAGGAAGACACCUAAAACAUGCAUAACAGUGGGUCUUGAGGACCAGGACUGAAAACCACUGCCUCUAAAGAUCUGCAGAGAAGAAUUUUUAAAAGAACCACAAACCGAUAUGCCAGGCUUAUAAAGACAAAGUAGAGUUUAGGCUAGGAUUGUCACAAAGUGCUUCAACACAAUAUUAAACCAUGGCUGUGAAUACUUUUGUCACUAUUAUUCUUACAUUUUAAUACGUUUACAAAUAUGUCCAAAAACGUUUUUGUGUACAUUUAUCUUAAAAAGAACAGUACUGGUUUAGGAAUAACCUCAGAAUACUUUCUGGUAAUAUACUUUAUGGUGGGGUGAAGGGGUGUGAAUACUUUCUGGAUCCACUGUACUUUCAGCCUGUUUGCAUCCAGCUCUGGAAAAACAUGUUUGGUUCUUGCACCUUAUUUACUUUCUGCCAUACAAAGAAAAAUACUCAAACCUAAACCUGGUUUCCCUAAUAUAAAAACCCUAAUCUAUUGAAAUAAGGAGAAGGUAUGUCAAGGCAAAUAAAAGGUCAUAUUUUAGUGAGAAGAUUUGUAUUGUAUUUUCUCUCCUGCUUCCUGAAUCCAGUUUCUGUUGUCAUCUUUCCCUCUUCAGUAUUCCUAACACCUGGCCUUUCGUUCCCUGCUACCCCUCCCAAAACAUUCCCUCUGAUAUCAACCUUUUUCACAAUUUUGUCUCUUGUGCAAAUGAACAGUAAACUACAUGCUGUGAAGUACAUGUGUUUGACAUCAUCAUCUAACAUAUCAGUAUUCACUGGACCUAAUACUAAAAAAUGUGACAAAUUAUUUUCUUUAAAAAGGAGAAAAUGCAUGUAAAUUUACCUGAUGAGCUUUAAAGGAUAAAGAAAAUUCAAAUGUUUAGAUUGUAAAUGUCUUUUUACAUUAAAGCAAAACAUGUAUUAUGUAGUAGAGAUUGAUUUACUCAUGUUGGAACGGGAAGUAGCCAUUCUUUAUGUUCUGUGCCUGUGUUUUAACUGUUCCGCUGCUUUAUAUCUGAUGCUCCACCUGACCCUUAACCCAUCAUAACUCCUGCUGUGCCCUUAUCCUGUUUUAUCUUUACCUUUGACGCCUGCUAUUUAUCAAUAUGAAUGUAAGCACAUUAAAGUUCAUUCUUCGUAUUGUGAACAUAUUCUUUGUAAUUAAAUGUCAUUUCUUGCAAGGAUUCACGAAAUAAAUCAUUUAUUCAAUUGC